AAACAAAGAAUGUGAAAAACAGGGUUGUCAAGAAAUUAAUGUAAACAAAACUCGCGCUAAAUAUUCAGUUUUUCAUUUGCAGUUUAUUAUUUUGCACAGAACGAGUUAUUUCAAUUAAACAUAAUGCCAAAAAUUAAGAAUGAACCCUUAAAUGAUACCGCUCAAAGUAACAGUGAUGCUGAAGAAGAAAAAUUUGAUCCGGCUGUGGAUAAAAUCACGUCACUUAAGAAAUUAGGUCCUUUUAUAGCCUCCAAAGAUAAUUCCCGUAAUACAGUUUAUUUCUCCGAUAUACCACAGGUGUGUAAAGAUGAACCCUGCAUGUUGGGUGUGGACGAGGCAGGACGUGGUCCAGUAUUGGGUCCUAUGGUUUAUGGUAUAGCAUUUUGUUCUAUAGCCAGCAAACAGGCACUCAUUGAUUUGGGUUGCGCCGAUUCCAAACAAUUGACCGAAGAGAAAAGAGACAUUAUAUUUGAUGACAUCAAUACUAAGGAGUAUGCUAAUAGCUGUAUCGGCUGGGCAGUGGAAAUCAUUUCGCCUAAUGUUAUUAGCACCAGCAUGUUUCGCAGGUCGAAAUGUUCUCUCAAUGAAGUUUCCAUGAAUUCGGCUAUUGGGCUAAUACAUGCCGCUGUGGACCAGGGUGUUAAUAUAGCCGAAGUAUAUGUGGAUACGGUAGGACCACCGGAAAAAUACCAAGCCAAACUUCAACUUAUAUUUCCACAAUUCAAAAUAACUGUAGCGAAAAAGGCUGAUUCUACUUAUCCUAUUGUUUCAGCGGCUAGUAUUUGCGCCAAAGUUAGUCGUGAUCAUGCUCUUAAAGUAUGGAAAUUCCCUGAAGGCAUAGAAAUAGAAGACAAUAACUUUGGUAGUGGUUAUCCCGGUGAUCCGAUAACAAAACGUUUUCUUUCCGAAAACAUUGAUUUGGUUUUCGGGUUUCCACGUUUAGUGCGUUUUAGUUGGUCUACGGCGGAAAAUGCUUUAGCCGACAAGGCAUAUGAUAUGGAAUUUGAUGAGCCCGAUUCAGAGAAACCUAAAUAUGCUGGCACAAAAUUAACGAAAUUCUUUAAAGGAACAACUAAGACGGGCGAAGUUAAAAGAGAGCCGUGUCGUUUGUUAAAAGAACGUUUUUUGGAUAAUUGUGUAGAUUUUUAAGUUAUAUGUAAAUGGAUUUAGUAAUAAUUAUGUUUGUAUUAAGAUUUCUUUAAUAAAUUCAUGCUUUUUUAAGUUAUUUUAUUUUCAUA